AUGAAACCGAGGCAGCGUAAACAGUACUUCAGGAACAUGAAAAGAUCGGAUGACAGUGAGAGGGAAAAGAGGAGAAAGAGGCGGAGGCUUAUACAGGAACUGGGGGAGCAGAGGAUUCCCUACCUUUCUCCUACAGACCCAGGAUUUCAGGAACUGUGGGACUCCAGUUACACAGGACUGGCUUUACGGCAGUCUGGUACGCUGCCAGAUGGUCUUCAUGAGAAGGUGCAGUCUGCUCUGAUAACUCUACAGCGGCGUGGAUGUCUCCUCCGAGAUCUUGUCCGAGUCCGAGACCGGGAUGUUUUUACGGCUGUUUCGCGUGCUCUCGUGGGUCAGCCGGGCUACACGUACCGUUAUCUGGACACCCGUCUGUUCACCAUCCCCUGGCACUGUGAGGGAGAAGAAGGUCAGAAAGAUGAGAAAGAGAAACAGUGCUGUGACUCUGACAUGAGGGACGCUUGCAAAGCAUUGUGGGAGCUCAAUCAGUUCUUUUGCUCGGACGUAAAGCAGACAAACGCGAGAGGCGUCAAGCGAUCCCGCAGUGACACCGAAAACAGCGAAGACACACCAGGGGAGGGGACGUGCGAAGAGAGUGUUAAGGACAGGUUACUUGAGAAGCAGGAGGAGGAGGAGGAGGAGGAGGAAGACAGCGGUCAGGGCUGCUCUCAUUCCUCACCUCCUUCAUCCGCUCCGCCACCUGCUAUAUCCAGCCUGGUUCAGUUUAACGUUACCCUCAUCAAUUACAUGGACCCCACUGCCAUGACUCAACUGAAGGAAGAGCCUUAUUACGGCAUGGGCAAGAUGGCAGUUGGUUGGCAUCAUGACGAGAACCUGGUUCCUCUUUCACCAGUUGCUGUCUACAGCUAUAGCUGCCCAGCAGAGCCAAAGAAUGAAGAGGUGACUGAGAAAGAUGGUGAGGGACAGAGUAAAGAACAAGAAACAGAGACCGAGGGUGAAGGAACAAGUAAAGAAGAACCGAAGGAAGAAGAAGGUUUGGGGAAGGAGGAAGUGGAGAAAGAGAAGGUGUGUUGGCGUGUUGGCCUGAAGGUGGCCUGGGACAUUCACACACCAGGUCUCGCUUUGCCUCUACAGUCUGGAGACUGCUACUAUAUGACAGAUGAUCUGAAUCGGACACAUCAGCACUGUGUACUGGCUGGUGACACAGCUAGAUUCAGCUCCACUCACAGAGUCGUACAGUGUUGUACAGGUACACUGGACUACAUACAGAAACGCUGCUCAGAGGCAUUGGAGAAUUUACACACCAACACCGAGAAGAACACCAAGAGUCUAAGUUCUCUCCUCCCCUCCACCCUUCAGUGCAUUGAGGACAUUCACAACGAGGUGGAGUUUGAAUGGCUGAGACAAUACUGGUUCCAGGGCCGGCGUUACGCUCGAUUCUGCAGCUGGUGGACUAAACCCAUGGAACAGAUGGAGAAAGACUGGAAGGAAAUGGAGCGAAUGACUCAGCUGCUUUUGGCUGUGGUUGAGGAUGAGAACACGACACAGGAGAACAGGAGAGAGAUUGCAGACAUCUUGCUGAACGCCCUGACGGACAGACAGCAGCACAGACAGACAUGGAGGGACAGAUGCCAAUCCAGCCUGGCACAGAGCUUGCCCCCUGAGGAAGCACCUGUCGACUGCCCCUAUUGGAGUAAUGACGAUCCUGACAUGCCCCUCCCCUUUGACCUCUCUGACAUCAUCAACCGCGUCGAGUCACUUCUCUGGAGGAUGUAAGAUGUUAGUAAAAGAGGGAGAUAAAUGAAGAGAAAGAAUGUUUUGGGUGGAUGUUAGGAGAUAGAGGCCAUGAUGGAGAUCACAGGUGACAAAAAAACAGUACAACACACACCUGUUCAGUUUCUCCUUUCUGGCCCACCUUUGCCUGAAGACCAACACUCACCUUCACACACACCACAUUGAGGUCCGCUCGGAUGGACAGACGGAUAUAAGGAUGGAGACCGGGGUGCAUACAGGGUGACAUCUGGACGGGACAUUUUAUUUCCUAUUUCCAUCAGUAUCGUUUACUAUCACUUUAACAGAGUCUGUAGUGUUGCAAUGACCAUUCAUAGACGCAUAUCAGUAGUAGCAUACAAUACCUAUCCAUAAAUAUACGUAUAUAUAAAUAUAUAUCCAUAAAUGUAUGUGUUUUACUUCAGUUCUCCAUAUAUCCUCUGAAGCUUUUUUUGGACAGACAUUAUAUAGAUGUACACACAGUAUACACAGUUCACUUCUCCUCUAUGUGUGUGUGUGUGUGUGUGUGUGUGUGUGUGUGUGUGUGUGUGUGUGUGUGUGUGUGUGUGUGUUUGUCUGCGUGCCAUCUUUUGAGGAAGAAAGUCGGUAAAAUAGGAUAUGAGAUUGUGGAGGUAUGAUGACAUCAUUAACGGGUGUCAUAUGCGUGCUGUUGCCUUUUACCUGGCGUUUUGUCUAGGGAUUUAGUAUGUUUGAAUUUGCCCCAAGUGUGUUUAAACGCUUGCGUGCACGUCCUUCUGAAUGUUUGUAGGGAGAAGGUAAAGAUACUGUUGCUAGACGGACUUUGUCGAUGAUGUUUGUCUAUAUAGGUGCAUGUAGGUAAGAGGCACGCACAUGUGUAUGUAAUCGUGUAGAGGGUUUUAUUUCUGUGUGACUGAAUUUGAGUGUGUGUGUAUACAUAAGAUGUUUCUCUCCCAAGCCAAGUAGUGUCAUAGGCGGCUUUUACUGAACUCCCAAGAGAACUUACACCCCUUGUGUCGCAUUAUUCUCGCAGCUCAUUGGCUCUUAACCUUUUAAUAACGCCUGCCUAUGUCUGAAAUGCUGCCAGUUUCGGGAGGAAUGCACUCGAACAUCUUUUAACGAGUGAAGGAGGAAAAGCACUCUGUCCUCUAAAUGAAUGAAGAAUGAAUGAAAAAGGGAUGACUGUUGUCCAGCAGCUUUCUUUUUGUUUUGUAUGCUUUUCUAUGUCAUCAGUGUUAAUGUAGAAGAUCCAUAUGAUAGUAUUCGAUGAAGAUGCUUAAAUGUGUUUUAUACUUUUGAAGUUUUUGAGUUGUCAUUGGUUGCCAAAAACUGUGUUCUUGCUGAGUAAAUGCUGUGAGGUUGGUAUAUAAAUAUAUUAUGUGUAUAAAUAAUCUUUCUUUCAUUGUGUUUUUUUUUUUUUUUCUCUGUAUUCUUUUCCGGAGUGCCACAAGCCCCACUGCUUUUCUGAAAGCAUUGUGUGUGCAAAGCACUAGUUAUGAUAGAAAUAAAAUGCAAUGCUGGUUUAUCAAUCA